CUUUUUUCUACCACACAUGUUGCAUACAUACUGGUGCAUAUGCUCCCAUGUGGUCCCUAGGACAUGGCAGCUGCGCAUCUGCAUUGCUUCGUUGCAGUGUAUUUACUUGUUUUUAUCUACAUCGUCCACAUGUCAUCCAGGUGCAAACAUUGCUUGUUGCCUAGCAUUGCAUGGGCGUGACCAACAAUAUAUUUGAUCAUUGUUGUAUUCAACUAAAAAACGUGCUAGCUAUUUUCAAUUAAAAUUAAGUAAUUAAGCAUGCAAAUAUUGCCAGCCACUGCGUGCAAGUCGAAUACAAUACGAGAAUAUGGAUUUUCCAUCCACAAACAUACAUAUACAUAAGCUUGCAUGGCUCUAUAAGCACGUGGUUUAUUCAAGCUCCCGGAUCAGUGCAGGCAAAUUACCAAGCUGCUUGUUGCGUCCAAGUUAGUAAUUCAAAAAGAAUUGCCUGAUUCGGUCC